AUGGAAUUCUCAUGUUCUAUGUGUUUUUUUAAAUCUUUGUCAUCAACUCAUUUACUACAACACAUUAUACGUCAUCAUCAACAUGAUCCAAAAUUUCAAAUUCAAUGUAAACAAAUUGGAUGUGGGCGUACUUUUACUAAAUGGAAAUCGUUCCGCCAACAUUUAUUUCGCAAACAUCCUACUGUUCAAGUACCUACCAAUGAUAUAAAUGAAGUUGAAGAGCAUGUAAAUAAUAAUUUACUUGAUGACCAAUAUAUCCCUUUCAAUAAUUAUGUUGAUAAUCAAGAUGAUAUUAGAGAACUAACUUUGACACCAGAAGAAAUUUUGGAACUGCAGUCAGCACAAUUUUCUGUUAAUAUUCGAGAAAAUUGUAAAGUAUCCCAGAAAGCAAUGGAAACUAUAAUGGAAGGUGUUACAAGUUUGGUGAAUGUUUAUUUAUCAAUUGUAAUGGGUGAAAUAAAAAAAAGCACGGUUGACAAUGAGACGGUAAAUUUGACAGAUAUUAAGAAUAUAUGUGCUGAUAUGUAUCCACCAUCUACAAUAUUUUCCUCAGUACGUUCUAAAAAAGCUCUAGAUAAAAUAUUAACAGAUAAAUUCAAUAUGAAUUUAAAAAAUCUAGUCUCGAAUAAAGAAGUUUACUUUAAUAUCAUGAGUAACCCGGAAAAUUCUGACUAUAUUUAUCGUACUGUAUUGGAUGGGAAAUUUUACAAAAAUAAUGAAUUUUUCAAGAAUAAUAAGAAUGCUUUAGCGAUAGUUUUUUAUUAUGAUGAUCUUGGAGUAGCUAAUCCUCUUGGUGCCACUGCUAAAGCACAUAAGUUAUCUAUGUUUUACUGGACUUUGGCGAAUAUAAGACCAGAGGUUCGAUCAUCGCUGAAUACCAUUCAACUAUAUGCAAUAGUCAAAACAGAACACUUGAAACAACCGAAUGCGAUAAAUAAAAUUCUUCAACCAUUUAUAUCUGACAUCAUCGAGUUACAGACAAUAGGAAUCAACAUCACAGUAAAUGGACAAAUGAAAAAUUUUAAAGGCACCGUUUUAUUUUGUGCUGGUGAUACUCCCGCAUCUGCCAUGUUGGGAGGGUAUAAAGAAUCUGUUUCAGCUUACCGGCCAUGCCGAACUUGUAUGACAACUAAUCAAGAAUGGCGUGAAGAUUUACCGUUUAGUAAUUUCGUUUUACGAAAUAAAAUUGAUCACCAGGAGCAAAUCGAUAUAGUAACUGACCCGUCUAUAACAAAAGUAGCUCGUGAGUUUUGGAAAAAAACAUACGGUGUAAAUAAACGAAGUCCGCUAGCAGAUAUUCCUUUCUGUGAUGCAACAUUGUGUUUUCCCCAAGAUGCCAUGCACGUUUUAAUUGAAGGAGUCGGAGAAAUUGGAUGUCGAGCGUUUUUACGCUACUGUAUUUUCGAAAAAAAUUUAUUUACACUUGAUAGUUUAAACGAGCGUUUACAAAAUUUUGAUUUCAAGCAUUUUCAGAAUGAAAAGCCAGCUUUAAUAUUGGAUAGCCAUCUUACUGAGGAUGGUCACCUUCGACAAAGUGCUGCACAAUUCUUGACCUUAUUUCAUACUCUACCUUUUUUAAUUGGAGACUGGUUGAUGGAGAGUGACGACAGUGAUUUAGAAGAACAUAUAUCUUGUUAUAUGCAAAUGUUGAAUAUUAUAAAUGUUACUCUGGCAUAUGAAAUUGAUGAAAAUUCAGUUGAUCAUUUAGACCGAAUAAUAAAAAUAUUUUUAAAUAAUUUCAAUAGCUUGUAUCCAAAUCUUGCUGUUCCUAAAUUUCAUUUCUUGAGACACAUUCCGUACUAUAUUAAAUUAUUUGGACCGGCAAGGCAGCAGUGGUGUUUUAGAUUCGAAGCUGCUUAUGCAUACUUCAAAGGUCUUGUUGCUAUUACAAGAAAUUUUAAGAAUCUAGCUGUUACACUAUCUUAUCGACAUCAAGCCAGAUUAUGUUUGAAGCUUUGCUCUCCACCAGGAAUGCCAGCGAAAAAAUUUUUGUAUCGAGAUGAUUAUGUGGUUUUUGAAACAUCGAUAAUGGGAAUUGCUACGUAG